ACCUCAGAUUCUCUGAAACACUUCUUUACUCUUUCUGUCAAGUGAUGGUGACAGUUACAGUGUAAGACCACAGGUCUCAUACGAAGUGUUGAAUUUUUGGCAGCUGAAAUGUGUUUAGCUUGGCUCAAGCUGCUGAAAUAUGAGAUUCCUACCAAGCAUUUCAAAGGUAACAGCUUCAAAACUUUCUACUUUGGGAGAUUUGGCUCUGUUUUAGCUGUUACUCUGUUUCUGGGUUUUGUGCUUUGUGGGUUUUGUGCUGAGUUUCCUAUGGUGUCGGUGCCUCUUGGAUUUAAGAUUUCUUCUUUUGAUAGAAGUAGGACCUGGGUGUCCCAAAAUGGGAUUUUUGCAUUUGGGUUCUUCGAGGGGUGUCGAAAAGUCGAUAAUUUUGAUGGAUUUGUUGUGGGUGUUAGGUAUAAUUUAGGAGACAAAGGUGCAAAUUUGCCUGUUUGGACUGUUGGUGGUGGCCUGAGGGUGUCUGAAAACUCCACGGUGCGGCUUUCCUUGGAUGGGAAACUGAUUUUGUUUGAUAACUCCAGUGGUUUGAUUGUUUGGAGUAGCAAUACUUCUGGUCUGGGGGUUAAGAAAGCUACCCUUUUGGAUAAUGGUAACCUAGUUCUCAUGGGUGGUGGCGAUAUUGUGUUAUGGUCAAGCUUUAGUAGCCCCACCAGUACUCUCCUUCCUGGACAGUCUUUGCAUUUCCCCCAGACCCUAAGAGCCCCUUCUACAAAAUCAAUUUCUAGUUACUAUAGUUUUGUGAUUCGCAGCACAGGAGAGCUUACUCUUCUAUGGGAAGGCAAUGUGACUUAUUGGAGAACUCAUUUGGGCUCCGAUGCUAUUGUUAGGGAAGCAAGAUUUGAUUUCAGUGGUGCUCUGUCUUUAAUUGAUAGGGAUAAUAGAACUGUUUGGUCCAUAAGAAGUGAGGAUUAUGGAGACCCAUCUGUGUCUUUGAGGCAUCUCAGGAUUGAUUCAGAUGGAAACUUGAGAAUUUACUCAUGGGACAGUUUGCCACAAUCUUGGAGGGUACGGUGGCAAGCAGUUGAGAACCAGUGUGAAGUUUUUGGUUCUUGUGGUUUGUAUAGUUUAUGUAGUUUCAAUUCAACAGGACCUGUUUGUGAUUGCCUGUACCAAGAUUCAGUUACUUGGGGUGCUGCCCUUUCCAUAAUGGGUUCCAGUGCUUCUGGGUGCAGGAAAAUGGUUGAUUUGGGAAACUGCAAAAUGAAGGCUACUGUGUUAACUCUGAAACGGACAGUUCUUUAUGGCCUUUAUCCCCCUGAGGAUAUUGACAUGAUGCUAAGUCAAGAAGCUUGUAAAGAGUAUUGCUCCAAUGAUACUACUUGUAUUGCAGCAACUUCAAAGAAUGAUGGUUCAGGAGUUUGUACAAUCAAAAGAACCAGCUUUAUUAGCGGGUAUAGGAGCCCAUCUGUCCCAUCAUUUUCCUUCUUGAAGGUAUGUUUGGUACCCCAGGCAGUUUCAGAUAUGGGAGCUAAUCACUUUAACAGCUCUAGGCCAGUGGCUCUAGUAUCUAAAGGACUUGGCACCAAAAAGGUUAUAGGAGCUAUCACCUUAAUAGUUUUAGUGACAGGUAUGGGUUUUUUCGCUCUGGAGAUGCUUGUCUUUUUGUAUAUUUAUCAGAGAGGAAAAGUUAAGGUCAAAGCAAGAAUCCCAUUUGGAAAGGACACUGAGAUGAAUUCUCAUUAUAGUUCUCUAAUCAGAUUAUCUUUUGAAGAGAUAAAGGAGCUGACUGGUAACUUCUCAAAUCAGCUUGGCCCCUCCAUCUACAAGGGUGCAUUUCCCUACAAAAUCCCAUUCAUUGCUAAGGUAUUGGAUACUGUAGUUACAGCAGAGAAAAAUUUCCGCGUUGCAGUCUCUACCUUGGGUGGAAUGCACCAUCGAAACCUUGUGCCCCUGAAAGGUUUCUGUUUUGAAGCAAAACUGAAGUGUCUGGUAUAUGAGUAUGUUCCAAAUGGCUCUCUAGAUGAGUGGCUGGACAACAUGAAUCAGAACAGCAAUGGAGGGAAUUGGAAGCAGAAGUUAGAUAUUGCUCUUGGAGUUGCACAAGCCCUUGCAUAUUUGCACACCGAGUGUCAAGAAUGUGUGGCUCAUGGGAAUUUGAAGCUUGCAAAUGUUUUGCUUGAUGAGAAGUUCAUCCCCAAGGUAACAGAUUACGGGCUUGGGAAAUUUCUUGAAGAGGAAGCGGCUUCUUCUUCCCAGAAUCCACCAGAGAGAGAUAUUUACAUGCUUGGAGAGAUGCUGUUGCAAAUUCUUACAGGCAAGAAGGAUGUUCUAUGCUGCAACCUGCACUGCCUGGUCACCAUGACGAAUGAAGAACUGAAAUUAGAGGAUUGCCAUGAAGCAGAAACGGUGGAAAGAGCUGUGAGAAUAGCUCUAUGGUGCAUGCAGAAACAACCUUUUCUACGGCCUUCCAUUGGUGAGGUGGUUAAGGUAUUAGAAGGUUCACUUUCUGUAGAUAGACCCCCUUCGACUUUUGCUUUUAGACAGGACCAACAGCAUUGACUGAGAUUGAGCUAUACCAUGUAUUGAAAGAGUUCCACGCCUCAUGGAUUGCCAUGUUCGAAGAGUGUUGGAAUGAGUUGGAGUUCAAUAUUUUUGUGACGUUGAACUCCUGAAAUGUAUUACUUCAGUGAAAUGCCAAUGCACUAUUUAGUAUCUAGAUUACAAAGAUCCCUUUUUUUUCUCCUUUUUUCUUUUUGUUUUGUUCUUGAACUAGGGGAAAUGUCUGGGUUU